AUGUCUUCGACAGCACCCACGCUCGCGGACGCAUUAGGUCCAGCACACAACAUCGACCUGACUCUGGACCGCAUUCAACAGCUGCUUGGACGGCUAGGCUCACCGCAGAAUGCGAUUCCCGUCAUUCAUGUUGCGGGUACGAAUAGUAAAGGCUCUACCACCGCCUAUCUAGAUUCCUUGCUUCUAAAUGCGAUAGGUCUGAGGACCGGUAGAUUCAACAGUCCGCACUUGAUACAGGAACAGGAUUGCUGUAGAGUGUGCGGCAAGGUUGUCAGGGACGAUGUGUGGCAAGAAGCAAAGAAAAGAGUGCAAGCUGCGGAUGAAGGACUGCCGAUGCGCGCAUCCCACAAAGAGGAACCGACGUCGUUUAUGGAAGAGCAACCUCCACUGCGCUGCACAUCUUUUGAAAAGCUGACGGCCCAAGCUCUCAGCGCUUUCGCUUUGCUGCCCGAGGCCGAGAGACCAGAAGUGCUGCUCAUAGAAGUGGGCUUGGGUGGAAGACUAGACGCUACAAACGUCUUUCCUGCCCAGAACGUCCUGGCCAGCGUCAUCUGUCCCAUCGAUUUGGACCAUCAGGCAUUCCUCGGAAACACGCUGAGGGAUAUUGCGAAAGAGAAGGCUGGCAUCAUCAAGAGCAGAGGCUUGGUUGUAGUUGCAGAUCAAAGGAGAGCUUCCGUGAAUGACAGUGCCGCGUCAUCCUCCUCUUCCUCCCUUCAGUACAAUACCGAAGUGCCGCUCGACUCGUUACGACAUGUUCAAGCAGAGCGAAGUCAGAUCGGCGUCGAAGCUGCAGAGAUUCUGGAUUCUGUCCGAGAAGUAGCAUUCAUGGCUGGAGCGCGUCUUGUCAAGUCUUAUGUCCCUUGGCAAGCUCUACAGGCUACAAGCUUCUCGCAGUCCAGCUCGAGCAGUCCAUGGUCGACGAGCACCUGGGUCAAUGCUCGCUACGCGCCCAUUCUGUGGCCCUCGUCGAGCACCUCUGCAAGCUAUGCCGGCACAUACGCCUCUAGAGCUGGUGACACGCUCAUCUCUGGUCCCUCGCUGCACCUUCCUCGAACUCGACCAGCCCUCGUCUCCAUCUUGACAGCUCUACAGACAUUGUGGGCCGUUGCGAGGGACGAGACGCCAUCGGGAUUGGGACAAGAUGGAUCGGAUCCUUUCGAGGAGCUGAGGUUGAAGAUGGCUUGGGCGCUCAGGGAUGAUCGGGAUGCGACCGAUGCUAUUCGGUGGGCUUUGAAUGGAACAAAAUGGCAUGGACGUUGCGAAUGGGUGGACAUUGAGCUGCCCACGACGGUACCGGAUGUGCCAGCUGAACUUGGAAAGGCAGACGAACAGACCCGAGAGGAUGGCGAGGCAAUGCCGGUGGACACUCCCCCACAGACUGGCUCCACCUCGAGCGCAGUCCCGCUUCAUCUUCUGGUGGACGGCGCGCAUAACCCUUCGGCAGCUCAUGCUCUUCGCGCAUACAUCGACCAAUGCAUCCUAUCGCGCGUCGCAUCUCUUCGUGGAGACAAGCCGACCUCGGAGAUUCACCUAGCAAUCAACUGGAUCCUUUCCAUUUCAGAGGGCAAGGACGUAUCGGGUCUUCUUGGUUGUCUUUUCGACGAUGGCCGAUUGCGAGGAGCCGAGGAUGCAUUGUCUCGGUUGCUCGCGGACACCCACAUCACCACGUCUGGCGCUGAUUUCAGCUCCGCCUCGGACAGUGCCGUCACCUUCAGGGUGAAACAUCGGAUAGCGGUGACUUCCUUCAGCACGCCAGUAGAAGGCAUGCCAUGGGUCCGACCACUCUCUGCUCGAGAUCUUUCUAGUGCCGUUCAUUCCACGCUGUCCUCUAGCGAGGGCGCCGAGAUCGAAUCCUUCGCAACGGUGCAAGAAGCCUUCACCUGGAUCUCGCAAGAAGGAGAUGGAAAGACGUUCGUCGAGCUCAACAAGGAUGAGUCGCAAGAAAUGAGCAGAUGCAAGGCUUCAUUCAACAUCCUCGCGGGUAGCUUGUACCUCGUUUCCGACCUGUACAGGGCAUUCCCUCACUUGCUGGCUGACGGAAGCUCGUGA